ACAGGGUGUGUACCACUAUCAUGACACUGGCUCCAGGUACAAAGGAUCAUGGGUGAAUGACAAGAUGGAGUCAAGCGGAGAGUUUAUCCACGCCAACCACAGAUACCAGGGCAACUUUGUCAGCAACACUCCGUCUGGUCCGGGGAAAUACAUAUUUGACAACGGCUGCGAGCAGCACGGAGAAUUCCACCGACAGGACAAAGCCGAGGGGGAGUCAGACCCCACCAUCACCCUCAAAUGGACUCCACAGUAUUUCACUGCAACACAAAGGACUCCUGAUGUGGAGCCAUGAGGCGAAUUUCAUCAGCUCAGCGUGGUCGUGUGAUAUCAGACAGCUGGUCCAUUUCCACUGUCACUACAGACAGAAGAUCUUAACUACGGUCAUUAUUACCUGUAAAAAAAAAACA